AUGCCGCCGGAAAAUUCCUCAAACCCCGCCAUGAAAACCCUCAUCAAACUCAUCCUCAUCCUCUCCCUCUCCCUCAUCUCCCUAACCCACUCAUCUUCGACCUGCGGCGGAGAGGGCUCCGACCACGCCGCCGUCUCCCGAGCAUUCGCCGCCGUCGCCAACUUCAACGCCUCCUGGCUCACCCACCCCAACUGCUCGACCCCCCGCGUCUACGAAAUCAUCCUCCCGUCGCGAAAUCUCACCGGCGCCGUCGCGUGGAAGCACCUCCGCAACCUCACGCGCCUCCGCGCGCUGGAUCUCUCCGGCAAUUACCUGGCCGGCUCAGUCUCCCCCGCGAUUUGGUCCCUCCCCGGCCUCCUAGAGGUCGACCUGUCGAGGAACCGGCUCGGCGGGGCGGUCGGGGUUGUUAAACCGGGUGUGCUGGGAUCCUCGCCGGUCCAAAGGGUCAAUCUCUCCUAUAACAGGUUUAGCAGCUUCACCCAUUUCUCGUCUUUUGGGAAUCUCAGCUCUCUCGAUCUCUCGCACAAUGAUUUUCAGGGUGUUGCUUUUCCUUCUUGGUUUUCCAAUUUAACGAAUCUCGAGUCGCUAAACGUUUCCGGUUGUGAUUUUUCCGGCAAUUUGAAGCCCAUUUCUGGUUUUAAAUCCUUGAAAUACCUAGACGUGUCUAGCAAUCGGUUCGCCGGUAAGUUUCCGGCUGAUUUUCCCCAAUUGGACGGCCUCAGAUUCUUGAACAUCUCGUUCAAUAACUUCUCCGGCUCCUUGGAUUCGAAAAGACUUCAGAAGUUCGGCAAUUCUGCUUUUAUCCACGCCGGCAAUUUAACCAGCCGGCCGGUAAACAACAACGCCAACACCACAAACCCCGAUUUGCACAUCAAUCGCCACCAACCCGCGGCGGCACCACACCGCCAAACAAACAACCUCAAGCCCGUCAAGAACAAGAAAAAGAAGCCCGAUUCGAAGAAGAGAAGAGACCUAAUCCUGUUCGCAACACUAGCUUCGUCUUCCAUCCUAGCCAUGGCAGCAAUCUCGCUCUUCACUUACUGCGUGUACCGAAAGAGAAAAUGGGCCAGGCGGAACCAGUGGUCCAUCUCGAAGCCGGCCCACCAAGUCCACUUCCGGAUCGAGAAGUCCGGCCCAUUUGCAUUCGAGACCGAGUCAGGUUCGUCUUGGGUUGCAGACAUCAAAGAGCCCACCUCAGCACCGGUGGUUAUGUUCGAGAAGCCGCUGAUGAACCUCACGUUCAAGGACCUAAUUGCCGCCACGUGUCGGUUUGGAAAAGAGUCCCUCUUGGCGGAGGGGAGGUGCGGGCCCCUCUACCGGGCUGUACUGCCCGGAGACCUCCACGUGGCAAUCAAGGUCCUGGAAAAUGCCAGGGGGCUUAGCCAUGAUGAAGCUGUGGCUAUGUUUGAAGACCUUUCCAGGCUCAAGCAUCCAAAUUUGCUGCCAGUUUUUGGCUACUGCAUUGCUGGGUAUGAUUACAAUUUUAGUCAAAAGGUUUUCGCCAUAGCUGGGUUUGGAAGGCCCGUCGUGCACGGGCACCUCGUCCCGUCAAACGUGCUUCUUUCGGACGAUUGCGAGCCGAGGAUUGCCGACUUUGGAAUGGGCCGGGCCGGAACGGGCUUGACUUCAGGCGACGUGCACGAUUUCGGGGCCGUGCUGGUUGAGCUGCUGACGGGGCGGCCAGGGACGGCCGAGACGGUGGGUUGGGCGAGGGGGCUGGUGAGGGACGGGAAAGGGGAGGAAGCGCUCGACUCGAGGCUGGCCGGGUGUGGUGCUGAGGUGGCGGGGCAGAUGGUGGAGUGUUUGCGGGUCGGGCUAGUUCGUUUGACUCCGACCUGCCUACCUGGCGUUGGUCGGGGUCGAGAUAAGACUCCCCCUCCCCUAAUUUCGUCUCUCCAGACUUUGGUUUGGUGGUAUGGACUUGGUCAGGUGGUUAGGCGUGGGGCUGUGGUGGCUCGUAGGUUGUGCGACUAG